AGGGAGGAACCAUCAUUUGGCAGCGCCGUUGGGGUAGGAGGAAGAAGAGGGCCCUGGCAAAGGUGACGCUGUGGCGGCGGAGGUGCCGGGAGCAGAACGGACCCUGAGUGAGAGUGAGCGCCUGCAGCGCUUCGGGUGCUCUCCCCUCAUCUCUCCGCGGUGAAUGGCGGCAGGAUGGAGCACGAAGGGAGCGGCGGCAGCGGGGGGUCGGCUGGGCUCCUGCAGCAGAUCCUCAGCCUGAAGCUAGUGCCGCGGGUGGGCAACGGGACCCUGUGCCCCAACUCCACUUCUCUCUGCUCCUUCCCAGAGAUGUGGUAUGGAGUGUUCCUGUGGGCACUGGUCUCCUCUCUCUUCUUUCAUGUCCCCGCUGGACUGCUGGCCCUCUUCACCCUCAGACAUCACAAAUAUGGUAGGUUCAUGUCUGUAAGCAUCCUGUUGAUGGGCAUCGUGGGACCAAUUACUGCUGGAAUCUUAACAAGUGGAGCAAUUGCUGGUGUUUACCGAGCAGCAGGAAAGGAAAUGAUACCAUUUGAAGCCCUCACCUUGGGCACUGGGCAGACAUUUUGUGUAGUGGUGGUUUCCUUUUUACGGAUUUUGGCUACUCUAUAGCGUACGUCCUUAUGCUGUGAUGCCAAGAAAAUUUAAUAAAUAAACCCAAGAUACAGAAUCCUCAAAAAGAAUACAGUAUGGAAUGUGAUAUUUUCUUAUUUCUUCAAAUGGAAGCAAAUUGGAUGAACAGAGAGAUGAAGGAUGACAUCUCAGCCAUUUCUUCAAUUCAAAGCUCCAGGAAUUGAAGAUCUUUUUGGAUUCCUAUCAUUCUCAACCAAAAGAAAACAUGUUGCUUGGCUUUCUUUUUAAUAGAUAUUUAAUUUAAGCAGCUUUAUAUCUUUACCCAAGCCAGGCCAGCAGGGCUCUGGGUUGGCAUCCCUUACACUGAAAUGUAUAAUAUUCUGUGAGAAAAUGCAAUGUUGCAUCUUCAGAGAAACUACGGGCAAUAUUGGUUUAUUUUUAAGCAGAGCAUAGUAUUCUAAAAUCUUAGUUGAUCUAAUUUUGGUUAAAAUAUGGUAAAUUCUGCUUUUGCAACAUUUUCAUGACAUUAAGUGCCAAGUAAGUUUUGGCUGAGUAUAGCUUUGAGAACAAAUUUGAUUACAUAUAACAGGAAAAAAAGGAAAUGUGACAAAGGAUAGUGGCUUUGGCUCUACGGUUUAAAGAAAAAAGAGAUAACUAUUGAAUGAUGUGACAUUUUGUGGAAAGCCAUCUUGAACUCUGAUUAUUUAACAUAUUUUAAAAGAUGUGAAUUUGUUAUUUUAAGAGAUGUGAAUUUGUAAUUGAGACCUCCCCCCUACUCCCAAAUCCCUGUACCACAUUUUCUUAUCUUUUUAAGCUUUUAUUCUUUUCAGUUUUUUUUUUUAGUUUAGUUGGAAACAUACCCUAUUUAACUGGCUUGACUUGAAAAUUUUAAGCCAAAUUAGUUAGGUCAUACUUUGGGCAUUGAGGCACAAAUAAGAAGAUACUUUAAACAUUCUGUAAAAGUUUUUCUUAGUGGGUUUGGUUUAUUAAUGAAUCUUGAGAAAUUUUAGACGUGCAGUUUAAACUAGAGUGAGUGGUUAUUGAUUUCUUGGUCUUAAUAUGUGGUUACCUAGUAGAGGCUGCAGCCCACUUUUGCAGUAUUGGGUGCCAACUCCCAGAAAGUGCCCAUGUCUGAUUUUCAGAUAUGCCCAAUCUGCCCUUUACAUUUUCUUUAAGGAGAAUUUGUACCCUUCAAAAGAAUUAAAUAUCAGAGUUUUUAAACUCAAUUUUAGCUAUUUUAAUUUUAAUUCUGUUGCCUUUCUUUUUCAUUAAAAGGCCUGAAAACUGUGACCUUCAAAAGGGAAAGAAUUACAAAAAUUAAGUACCUAACUAGACCCUUACCACCUAAACUGUUUUAUAUGGCAUACUGUCAGUGUUGUUAUCUGUUUUCAGAAUAGUUCUUGGUAAUUAAGUCUGACUUUUUUUUUUUUUUUAAGUCUGACUUUUUAAAGGGAAGUUUUUAUUAUGAGAGUAAGGCUAAUGACCCAUGAGGACACGUGCACGUGAACUUAUCUAUUCCAUUUAAAACAACUGGCACUCUGGCUUCUGAUUAAAAACAGCAAGAUGGACCAUUUACCAGGGAAAGUCAGAGAGAAAAAUUGCAGAUCACCAAAAUUAACUGGACAUUUUCUUUUUUGACUAAUUAAGCCAUUAGACCAUUUAUCAAAACUAUAUGUAUUUUUUUUAACAUUUUAUUGUGGCUUGGGUGAAAGUUUACAGAGCAAAUUAGUUUUCCAUUCAGCAAUUUAUAUAUCAAAAUUGUAUUGACGUAUACUUAGGUAGGUGGAAAUAAUUAGAGUUGGAUUGCAGGCAAAUGCCCUUACACAUUGCCCAACAAGAUUACUGUCCAAUGCUCAAGUCUUCCUUCCAAGCAGAUUUUUAGUUCAGGACUCCCAUUUUCCAGUUCAAGGAGCUAUCAUUUUGAAAAGUAUCCCUUCAGUUUAAGAAAUUUGGGGAAGUUGUAUCAUUUAUUCUGGGAGAUGAUUUUCAUAGCUUCUAUUGAAAGAUGCAUUCUCUUAGAAUUUUUGCCUAAAACAUUCUUUUGGCUAUAACUUCACAAACUAUUUAAACCUUUGGGCCAUUAGUUGAUGCCUCCCCAUCUCCCAAUACUAUUUUUUUAACAUGUUGAUCUAUGAUUAAAAUGUUUGGUUAUUUCAAAAUUAAGGCAUUUUGAAAGGUAUCUUUGUUUCCAUCUGUUUCCUGUUUCACAUAUUUUGAUUAUCCCCUCUUGUAAGAAACUUCAAAUAUAAAAUGUAUCUUCAAAUUAUUGAACGUUUCAUCCAUCCCAAUGUGUGAAGCAUUCUCCCAUGAAUAAAUGUAUGUAGAAUUGAUAGAGAUUAAGCUACGAUAGCUUGAAGUAAGUUUUCAGGGAGAAAGUAUUUCAGUGAUAAACAAAAAAAAUUCCUUCCUGUUUUUAUUCGUUUUAAUUUCUUGUCUCAAAUACACAAUUAUUUGGGGGGGGAGUGGUUCAGAUGGAAAAAUAUUGGCAUUUGUGUUAAACAUUUUAUCUUACUGUAUGUAGUUUUUUGAGGAUUUUCACCGAAGUCUUUCUUAGAGACAUAUGCAGCCCACCCUGCUUCCCGGUUGUGCUUCCAUUUUUCCUUUUGAGGUGGUGAAAGCAUUUUGUGAAAACUUAAGUCCAUAUACAAAAGUGUAAUGAUUAUUCCAAGAGAAAGAUGUCCGUCUUUCUCCAACCUGCCUUCCACUGUGUGCUAUUAAUUUAUUUUUUUGCAAAAAAAAAUUACUUCUUAUGAAAUGUUUAAAGUAGUAAGAAAAAGUUCAUGCAUAUAAUUACCUUUAAAUCCUCCCUUAUAUUUUUAAGUUUUUAAAUUGUACAUUGGCUUUUGAUUCCAAUGUUCUUUCUGGCUCCUCUGAUUUAAGUUCUUAUUACACUGCAGUGCAUACCAGCCUUCCCUAAGGAACAAUUUCCUGGAAUGUGAAGCUCUGGUGCCAUUAAGUUAUCCAUGUGCAGAAAGUUUUGUGUACAUGCAUUUCUUGUUUGUGCACUUCGUAAGGCUGGUUGUGACUAAAAUCAGCUUAACUUUUUGUAUUAGAUUAUUUCACUAACUGCUGCAGUCUAAAUGAUCAAAUCUUUGUAUAACGGAAAAUUAUUUAAAUUUUAUUUUUCUACUGACAUUUCUAAUUCUGGUAAAAUGUUUAUCAAUAAAGAAUUACUUUCAA